GUCUGAAACUUUUUUCUUCUUUUCCUCCUUGUUUGUGCUCCGCGUGCGGACGAGCCGUGGCACGCGCUCACCAUGAAAGAGAGCGCGCUCUUCUUCUCCUCCUCCUCCUCCUCCUCCUCCUCUUCUUCUCCUUCUUGUUUUCCGUGUAGCUCUCUCUCGCUCUCUCGACCUGCCGCUGCUCACCGACGUCGGUUCGCGUUACUUUAGACGCCUCUCGACACAUUUCCGUUAUGCGAGCUCCAGCUGGUCGGUCGGUUGUCGUGCUGCGGUGGGUGCCCAUCCGAGAUAACGGAGAACCAGUGAUUCUCAGCUGGUCUGGUUACUGCAAUGAAUGGUAACACUAUCCAUCCAGCCAACACCACCACAACAGCCGGAGGAGGCCCUGGCGUGGCAGCGCCCCCGAGAGGCUGGAGCGAGUUCUGCGAGCUGCACGCCAUCGCCACAGCCCGGCAGCUGGCUGGACACUACCGGAGCUUCGCCAGAGAGUGGCCACAGCAUGACGUGCUCUCACCAGAGACUUUUUCCAAGCAGUUUACCGACCUCUUCCAGAAGCACUUCUGCUGCGAGGUUGACAAAGAUGGCACUCUGCUCAUACAGAACAGAUGCUCUACCUCUAUUGGCAAUGCUCCUUCCACAUCUCCAGCGACCCGUCCCCUUCCAUCACAGCCGGUGACUGGUCGAUCGCGGAUCACAUCUUUGUCAGGAGUGCAGGACUAUCGGGAGGCGGGCCGUCAAAGUGGAGGCGCUGCUCUUUUUGCUUUGGUGCCACCUAAAGUGGAGCCGGUGGUGUUGAGCCGGGAACAGGAGCAGCCGCUGCAAUGUUCUGCGGGAAACUCCUUGUCGGGAAACCCGGUGGUGCUCAGAGGGUCGACUCGUAGUGUCGGCGGAGGGUCACUGCUGAUGCAUAGCCAUGGCAAUGAGGAGAUCUCUGGCACCAAUCGUCAGCGGCUAUCUGACUCCUCAGCCUCCAACCCUGGACACGCUGACGUCACACACUUCUCUGUCAGUCAGAUCCAGCAGACCGUAAGAAGGCUUUUUAAGAAGCGGCCCCUACCUAGCCCCCCCCCAACCCAGGACCUGUCCUCCAGCAACCCCACCCCCACCACCACCAACAACAAUACUCCAAAUAAUAGUAACAGAGUGGGUGGGAUUUACUCCACAAAUGAGGAAGUGUCAUCCUCCUCCUCUUCAUCCCACUCUUCCUCUUGUCUGAUCUCUGAAGCCAACCCCCCAGGUGCUUCACAUUGGUCUGUGGCCGGAGUAGCCUCUCACAUCCUGGAUCGUUUACGUCGGUUACACAGUAGAAGCAUGAGGCAGAGGAGGUCAGAGGUGAGCGGCAGCUGUAAAGAGGGCCAACUGAGGUACUUAUUGGUGGAUGACACUAUCUCAGACUCUCAGCCCUGCUGGCAACGCUGCCGUCUGCUGGUCAGGAGGAUCAGAGAUGCUCAAGGAGGAGCAGGAGGAAGAGGAGGAGGGGAGAAGUACCAGUUGGAGCUCUAUGAUCCUCCAAAGGCCUCCAACCCCAAGCUGACGACUCAGUGCUCUGAUAUCCAAGAAGUCCGUCGAUGCAACCGACUGGAGAUGCCCGACAAAUUAAACACAUUUGUUUUAAAGGUUAAUCGAGGUAGUCUGAUAUUUGAGACCGACAAUGACCAGCAGGUCAGCUCCUGGACCACAGAGCUGAAAGAAUGUAUCAGCAACAGGUCAGGCAGUGUGGAUCUGGAGCCCCUCCCUUCCCCAGCUGACAACUCCGUUCCAGCCAAUCGCAGAGGAAGCUCAGCAUCCGCAAAUCAACCGCCCGUCACUUUCACCCUGCCAGAGCAGGUCGUCCAGAAGACGGAUCACUUCCUCUUCUCCUACCCAUGGUUCCAUGGGCCCAUCUCUCGCGUCAAAGCAGCCCACCUGGUUCAGAGCUCUGGACCGGAGGGACAUGGCGUCUUUCUAGUACGACAAAGCGAGACGCGCCGGGGAGACUACGUCCUCACGUUUAACUACCAGGGAAAAGCAAAGCACCUGCGCCUCUCGCUGACAGAAUGGGGUCAGUGCAGGGUGCAGCACCUGCGCUUCCCCUCUGUCACGGACAUGCUCAGACACUUCCGCCUCUUCCCCAUCCCACUGGAGUGUGGAGCCGCAGGUGCCGUCACGCUGUCCAGCUUCGUGGUAGCGGGCUCCAGCCCUCCGUCACAGGGUUCGCUCUCAGGUGCCGUGCUGGUCCCGUUCUCCCUCCAUCGCUGGAGCUCUGAGCCCAGCUUGGCUCACUGCAGCCUGGCUCGCAGCUGCAGUCAGCAGCCUUCCUCCUGCUCCACCACCAGCUCCACUUCCACUCCCAACUCCGUUUCCCAGCAGGGGAACCACCCCCCCGUUCGCACCAACACCGUCCCCAACCCUCUCCUGACGGCCCCCGCUCCUCUGCGCCGGAGCGAGUCAGUGGGGAGGAGGCCUCUGCUCCGUCACACCACCCCGCAUACUCCCAUCAUCCCUCAGCGGGACUCGGACUAUGAGCUGGAGCCUGAGCGGGGCCGCAAGCGGGCAAUAGACAACCAGUACAUGUUGCUGUGAUCUGCUUAGUCGCAUACCUGCAUCACCUCGGAAAGACAGAAGUCACCUGUGAAGCCCACACACAUAGACACACACAAACACACACAUACACACACAUUUGUAACCCCCCACCCAGCUUCAGGGGGGUGUCAGACAUGAUUUCAGGAGACUCAUGAACUUGAAUAAACAAGUCUGAUAAAUGCAUAGCACUGUGUACGUCGAAGACACACACACUCCCCACGCCUGAGCUGCGGGUGUGUUUAACAGUGUCAGACCCUCACUGCGUCCCCCCCGAGUGUCCACAGUGAAUGUAUUUUUGGGAGUUUUAUUACAGUGUUGACAAUGACGAUGAUUAUUCUUGUUGUAUUGAUGUUGAGGGUCUGUGUGAGUGAGGGAGAGCCACAUGUGUAGCUGUCCUCGAGCCCGGAAAACUAGUUUCAAAUAUUUCUAUUCAACCUCUGUGGCACUUAACCUUGAACUGCCUACAGAGUUGGAUAAAUCAAGUGCUCCUUUAAAAUAUUUAAAAGACAUUUAAUCUCGACACAAAGUUCCCAGUGUGGAGCAAACUCCCUCCUUCUUUUUUUUACAAACAAAAAGCUCUAUAGUUUAGAGUGUUAUCACACUCUAUAGAUAUUCCUCUUACACAUUACUAUAUAUUGAAGUGCACAUCGCUUUCAGUGCACUUUGGAAACAAUGUGUAUUUUUUCAAUACACUGAUUUUGUUUUUGUAGAAAAAUUGAAAAAGUAAAAAGGGGAAAAACUUGGUUAAAGUCAGUCGGGAAGCUUUUUUCCUAGAAACGUAUCGAGUGCCGCUUCCACUCGUUCAAACCUUCGCUGAAGAAAUGACAGAACCACAGCAACAAUUUAGGAUUCCAGCUUUCAUCAGAACCAAAGCUGUGGAAACUCCUGGCUGUGUGUGUGUGUGUGUGUGUAAUGUAUGGGAGAUGUGUGAAAGUGUAGUUUAUCAGCAUGUUUUCGCUGAUCUCAGUGUGGUACAGUAUUCACCUUAGAGCAUGUGUAAAUUUGUAUUUUUUACAAAAUCAACAUCAGGUCAUUUCUGCAAUAACAUGUGAGAAUGGAUUUAAUGAAGCCUGAUGUAAAAUCCUCUUUCCUCAUAAUCAUUAAAAAGUCACAAAAUGUU